AUGAUGUUUCAGGACUCAGUAACCUUUGAGGAUGUAGUUGUGAACUUCACUCAGGAGGAGUGGGCUCUGCUGGAUUCUUCUCAAAAGAAUCUCUACAAAGAUGUCAUGAGUGAAACCAUCAGGAACCUGGCCUCUGUAGGAAUAAAAUGGGAAGACCAGCACACUGAAGAUCAGCAUAAAAAUCCUGGGAGAAACAUAAGAAGCCAUGUGAUGAAAAGACUCUGGGAAAGGAAAGAAGGUAGUCAGUGUGGAGAAACCUUCAGCAAGAUUCCAGAUCUCAGUCUGUGUGAGGAAAGUGAAGUGAAGUCCUAUGAAUGCACUGUGUGUAGAGAAGUCUUCAUUGGUCACUCACCCCUUCGUAGACACAUGAGAGUUCACACUGCAAACAAAUCAUUUAACACCCACAAUGAUGAUGGACAUUUUAAGUGUAAGAUAUGUGGAAAUGCCUUUUAUUCUUCCAGGUUAUUUCAAGCACAUGGAAGAACUCAUACUCAACAGAAACCCUAUCAAUGUAAGCAGUGUGGGAAAAGUCUAAGUUCUUCCAGGUCCUUUCGAAUACAUGAAAGAAUUCAUACAGGAGAGAGACCCUAUAAAUGUAAAGAAUGUGGGAAAGCCUUCAGUUGUUCAAGUUCUUUUCAAAGACAUAAAAGAUCUCACACUGGAGAAAGACCCUAUGAGUGUAAAAAGUGCAGUAAAGCCUUUGGCCGUUCAAGUACCCUUCGAGUCCAUGAACGAACUCAUACUAGAAAGAACGCAUACAAUGAGUGUAAACAGUGUGGGAAACCUUUCUUUUCUCUCUCGAUGUUUCAAAGGCACAUGAUACUUCACACAGGAGAAGGACCUUAUAAAUGUAAGGAAUGUGGGAAAGCAUUCAUUAGGUCCGUUUCAUUACAAAUACACGAAAAGGCACACAGUGCAAGGAAACCCUAUGAUUGUAAACAGUGUGGUAAAACUUUAAGUACUUCCACUUCCUUUCAAAGACAUGAAAGAACUCACACUGGAGAGAAACCUUAUAAAUGUAUGGAGUGUGGGAGAACGUUCCGUUGCCCGAGUUCCUUUCAAAGGCAUGAAGCAAGUCACUCUGGGAAGAAACCUUAUGAAUGUCAGACAUGUGGGAAAACCUUCAGUCUUUCUACGUACCUUCGAAUGCAUAUAAGGAUUCACACUGGAGAGAAGCCCUACGAAUGUAAACACUGCAGUAGAGCAUUUACUAAUUACAGUUCCUUUCGAAUACAUAGAAGAACUCACACUGGAGAGAAGCCCUAUCAAUGUAAGGAGUGUGGGAGAGCUUUCAGUUGUUCCAGUUCUUUUCGAAGACAUAAGGUUAUUCAUACUGGUGAAAGACCUUAUGAGUGUACACGGUGUGGUAAGGCCUUUAGUCGUUUAACUUCCUUUCAGAUACAUCUAAGGAUUCACACUGGAGAAAAACCCUAUGAAUGUAAACACUGUGGUAAAGCAUUUACUAAUUCUAGUUCCUUUCAAGUACAUAAAAGAAUUCAUACUGGAGAGAAACCCUAUGAAUGUAAGGAAUGUGGGAAAGCCUUCAGUUGUUCCAGUUCUUUUCGAAGACAUGAAAUUACUCAUACUGGAGAAAGACCCUAUAAGUGUGCAAAGUGUGAUAAGACCUUUACUCGUUCAAGUUCCUUUCAAAAGCACAAAAGAACUCACACAGGAGAAAAACCCUUUACAUGGAAAUAA